GGUCAAAUGUGACAUUCUAUUUAUAAUCUUUAUAAAGUUUCCCAAAAAGUUGAUUCUGUUGAUCUCGAUGUAGUAUUUUCAGUGUGAGAAAGGUUUUUGUUAUUAAUCCAAGUGACUUCUUUAGUUCAGCUGACUGCAGGUUUCCCCAACCUUUAAACAGUACAUCUCUAUAAUGACUGAAAUUAGCACCAAUGACUAACAAUAUGGUGCAUGCUUUCUAUAUGUCAACAACACACAUGACACUUGUCAUGUAAAAGGCUUUUCUGCCAGUUUUCGACCAAUAAUACAUUGAGCUAACAGGCAAAAAAAUUAACCAAAAGCAGUUUUAAAAAGGUGAGUUUUGAGUUGUUUUUUUUAAAAAACAGCUACUGAGUCCGCAGUUCUUAAUGUUUGGGGGAGAGAGUUCCACAGUCUAGGGGCCACAGCUCUAUCACCCUUAGUCCUCCUCUUAGUAUUUUUUAAAGCAAGUAAGCCCUGAUCAGAUGACCUCAAAGACCUGCUAGGGACAUAGGGCUGUAGCAGAUGUACACAAACCAAUGAGUAUCAGGCAGUGUUGUAAAUUGCAGGAAGUAGAUGAGAGUUAAGUGAUUGGAGACUGGGUGCUCUGGGCGGGGCUAGAAAGCAGUGCUCUAUUCUGAUUGGUUCUUUGCAAUAAUUCUACUACCGGUGCUCAUCAUUUCGAGAUCGUGCAUCACUAAACACGCUCCUGCGCACUUUCGGUGUUAUCCAGCAAUCACAGGGAUUUCAGGUUUUCUGUGCACAUCGGUGGCGUACCGGCAGACUGCAUGGCAAAGAGGCGCGCCGAGGACACUCUGCUGCACAACUCUCCCUCCAAGAGGUGUUUCCGCUCCCUUUGCGCUGUUGACAUACAGGCGGAGAGCAUGGCUCCGUCCGGGGGCGUGAGCCCGCCGUCCCUCCUGGCUUUGCUGGGGACCCGCUGCAGAAAGAGGCCGCAAUAUUUCGAUGAAGAAGAGACCGCUUCUUAUCGCAAGACUUCACACUACGAUGCCAGGAAGCGUGCAGUAAAUGUUUCGGCGGUGCAGACGUCUGGAAGUUUCCAAGACCGUCGCAGCUCUUCAGUCACGAGUUCCCAGAAACGACCACGAGAGGGCAGCGAGGAGCCAGAUACCGCUGUUCCCAAAUCUAAUGAUAAAGCUGAUGAGGACGCAAACACUGAAGACUGCACUUACAACUCCUUCCAGUAUUGGAGGGUGCCUUUACCUGAGCUUGACCUUUCACUGCUAGAAGAUGCAAGCGACCACUCAAAAACAAAAGACAAGUCAAAAGCAUCUUCUUCUGACGCCAUGGAGACUUGAAGAUGAUUGGUACAGCGAGGCCUAUUGAAAGCUGCCUCUUCCCGUUUAAAGCAUGGGAACAUGAUGAGGACAAUGUGAUGUUCUUCAGCAAAUAGAGGCAUCAAGAACAGGUUACCGUACUUGAAAUGCAUCAAGGUGAGAUGCGAUAACCGAAACCUGCCACGGCUGCCCCUGUAGAGCAAUACAGGCUUUAUUUAUUUUAUUUUUUCCCCCUUAAGUGGAAAACAGUCUAAUGCAAGAUUUCACAGACCUAAGUGGAACUUUUUUCAAACCUUUUAUAGAUCCAGCAGAUUUGUGUGACCAGCAUUUAGACAGCCUGAUAACAGCAGUGACUGAUCUCCCAUGUUCAAUGCUGAGUCCUUACUUUGCAAACCUACAGUUGAGUAGGAUUAUAUAAAUAUGUGUCUAACUAAUUAGAGAUCUAAUUAAAGAUGUAUGCUUGGUCUGCAGAUAAUAGUUGCCUUUCAGAACAAAUUUGGUCCAGUUGUGUAGGGUUGCACUUUUUAAAUUGUGUGACUGAAUUGUUGGUUGUACAUUUUGUACACAUCUGAUUGCCAGUUAGAGCUGGUUGUUACAUGCCUUUGUAUUCAUUGACAAUAAAAAUAUAUAUUUGUGACUUUUCUUUUAAUUGUUUGGUUUUAUUUAUGGUUUUAUCAACGAUAAUGCUGACCACCCUCUACACCACAUACUGGACAGGAAGCGGAGAUCCAUCUGUAACACAUUCAUACCACAUGUAUUCACAUUUUAUUAGGUCUGAAGUAUUGUGGCCAAAAUGAUAAUCAUGAUUAUUUGUCACGAUUAUUCAAAGAGUGACAAAAAAAUUUUUAUUGCACUGUAACAAAAAAAAAAAUGCUUUCACAUCUGUUAAGGUUUUUGUGUUAACAUUCAGCUGAUCCUCAGCUCUUUUUGCAAACCAUUUCUGUUUGGUAAACAUCAGUUGUGCAGGGAACAGCUGUGGUUGGCGUAUCCAGGCAGGUGGUCAGAUGCUGCAUUAUAAAGCACUUUGGUUUUAAAUUUAAAACAGUGGACCGGGCAUCGGAUAAUUGUGCAGCCAUAGGCUGAUGUAUUCACAAUUACAAGAACUGAGCUGAAAAUCAGCUGCAAUGGCUCUGAUGCAGUGAUGAAUCUUCAGUUGACUGCUCCCUCAAGAGGCCACCACAGUGAAACAUCUGCUUCUAUCUGACCCCAUCAAGACCAUCCUCUUCUGUCGCACCAACCCUGCACGUGCUCCUUCACUAUGUCCAUGGAUCUUUUUCAUGGUCUUCUUAUGUCUUGCUGCUCCUUUUUCUACAUCCUUUGUCCAAUGGAGUGAAAAAUCAAAGUUGGAAAUUUUCCGUAGAAAUUGCCAUGAGAAUGCAAAGAGGAGGGCAGGAGAGAGGUGUAAAACAUGACCGAGGCUGUGUCAUGUUUUGAGCUGCAGUUUAGCCAAUGGUGUUGUGGAGGUUGUCAAAACUAAUGCAAGUAUGAAAGCACAACAGAUUUUGAUUCACCACAUAUCACCAUUUGGAAAGCAUCUGAUUGGCAGUGGGUUUAUUCUUGCAUGAUGAUAAUCUCAAACACAUGUCAGUACGGUAUAAAUAUACCUGAAAAGAAACCCACACUGGAACACUAUCUUUCGUGGAUUGUCCUCCUUAGACCCCAGACCUCAACAAUACUGAAGCAGUGUGGGAUACUGGUGAUAGAGAACAGAUCAAAAGGCAGAAACACCUAAAGACCAACUUUGAAUGUGCUUCAAGAACCCUGAAGAACUCUUUCUGAAGACUACUUGAAGAAAUUACAAGAAAGUUUGCCUAAGAGAGUUUGACUUUGUGUGUUUGGACGUUUCAAUAAAACUGAACCUGCACCUAUUUCUAAA